AUUUUUCCCUGAUUAGGUUUAUCCCACAAUAUCUCAAUAAUUUAAAUCAAUUUUUGAAUCAAACUUUCUGUUGUGAAAAGUUUGACUUUAAUUUGUCACUAUUACAAAAAAAAUAUGGGACAUGCCCCCCUUCCCCCACCGCUCAUUGCAGCAGUUAGCUUCUUUUUAGAGUAUCUCAUAUUUACACUGAACGCGAAAAUAUAUGGUGCAGCCAACCCAAGUUGUUUAUUGGUAGGAUUUAGCUACGUACAUAGCAUACUGACGUAUAUUUUUUUGUUUAUGCAAUUUCCUUUCUCCAGCUUAGUACCUACGUAAGUUAUUUCGUCAUUGCGCUCAAUUGAAUCGUAAAUGUUAUUUCAAACCUCCCUUCAUUGGCGCUACUUGUUACAGCGGCACAGGUUGGGUCACUCACAAAACUUGUCUUCAUUCCUACCUCCUUUUUCGUAUUCUCUUUAUGCCGUUCAUGCGACGUUUCUUAUUUAUAUCUGAGACUUUAUAAUGACCUUAAGCUUGAUAAAGUAUGUGAUUAACUACAGUUUUCUUGAGUUUAGCAGCAAUCUUUAUUGUUUAGGCUAAAUCAAAAUUAAGUUCAAUGUAGUGAAGUUUCAAGUGAAAGUUUAGUGGCAGCCUGGUUUAAGUUUUUAACCUAACCUAACCUUGAUUCGGCCAUGGCCGUGACCAUGACAUAAACACAAAUAUUUCGUUCGAUUUUUCCUUUGUGACCUCCUCAUCUAGACCCAGACGCAGGUUAUUUUUUCCGAUUUUAGUGUCGCUGGAAGUUUUGAGUGACGCGCUACAUUACGAUGACAUUCUUACGGACGUAGUCUGCUGUGCAAUAAGUGCAGCCCCCACCCACAGUAUUAUCUUAUCAGUCCACUUAACUCAACUUUUCGGGCACUCAUAUCAUUGAAGCAGAAGUGUAGGAAUCAAAUUUGAAAUGUUUAAGAAAUGACAGUGACUCGUAUUUUUAGUGAUUUUCAAACAUCAGUGAUUAUUAUUUUAUGAUGCACUAAAUCUAUGUAGCCAUUACGAUGACCCUUUUCUCUCCGCUGAAUUUCAAGCCUUCGAGUGUCAAACACCUUUAUCAGUUGUCCUCUAUAGUUCCUGCUCCUUCUUUAUUUUCCUAUUGUUUAGAAAAUGUUUUAAGGACAAACCCUGAUUCAUUUCUGAGAUGCUUUUGUGCGGGGCCGAUAGCAGUGUACGACUCGAAAGUGAAUGAGAAAGAAAUUGAAUAUAAUGAGCAACAGAAAAAAGUGGCGACAUCAUUACAAAGAGUGUAUGAAGAAAUUCAAAGUUACUCACCUCCCAAGAAGGGCUUCUUCUCAAAGAUUUUCAAGGAGAAAAGCAGAGCUCCGCAAGGGGUCUACUUGUAUGGCGCAGUAGGAGGAGGAAAAACUAUGUUGAUGGAUCUAUUCUACUCUUGUGUCAAGAUGGAGAAGAAAAAAAGAAUACACUUCAACGCUUUCAUGGUGGAUGUUCACAAACGUAUUCAUGAAGUCAAGAAAACGGUGGUCAAAGAUCCCAGGGAAACCAAGCCAAAACCAUUUGAUCCAAUCCGCCCAGUAGCUCUAUCUAUUAGUAAAGAUGUUUGGUUGAUUUGCUUUGAUGAAUUUCAGGUGACAGACAUUGGUGAUGCUAUGAUUCUGAAACGGUUGUUCACAGAGCUGUUUGAUAAUGGGGUUGUGAUGAUUGCCACCAGCAAUAGACCACCAGACGAUUUGUAUAAAAAUGGUCUUCAACGCUCAAAUUUUGUUCCUUUCAUCCAAGUACUUAAAGAUCAUUGUGAAGUGGUCAGUUUAGACUCAGGUGUUGAUUACCGUAGACGAACUUUGGCAGGCGCUGGCAAGCAUUAUUUUGUUAAAAAUCAAGAUGACGCAGAGAAAGCAGUAGAAAACAUUUUCAAACAGUUAGUAGCCAACGAGAAUGAUAUCAUUCGACCAAAAACUUUAACGAUAUUGGGUCGUGAUGUUGUUUUUCAGAAAGUCUGUGGUCAGAUUUUAAAUUCAACGUUUGCAGAACUCUGUGAUAGACCGCUGGGGUCAAGUGAUUACUGUAUGUUAGCUCAAAUUUUCCAUACUGUGAUUAUAAAUGAUGUGCCUCAGCUGACGUUGAAAAACAAAUCCUUAGUUAGGAGGUUUAUCAUGUUAAUGGAUACGCUCUAUGACAAUAGGGUGCGUGUUGUGAUUACUGCUGAUAUACCUUUGGAUCAAUUGUUCCUAAUGAAAAAAUCUGAUGGUAUUGGUGACCAUGACCGAGUUCUUAUGGAUGAUCUAAAUAUUUCAUCAGAAUCCGAAAAUGCCGUAGCCAGUAUUUUUACCGGUGAUGAAGAAAUGUUUGCUUUUGACCGCACAGUGUCAAGACUGAUAGAAAUGCAGAGCGAAGAAUAUUGGAAUCAAUGGGACAAGCAGCGCUGAGAACUAACAUCUCUUGUUAAUCAUGUAAUUUGCCCUCCAAAAAAUAUUUAUGAUAUUAAGUUCAGGGGCUUCUCUAAAUUUCUGUACAUUUCUUCAGAGGUCUCUGAAUAAUGAACACACCCAUCGUGAUAGCAUGAAUUAUGUUACUUAAUUAGAAGUUUAAUUAGGAUUUUAUUUAACAAUCAGCCCUGUUAUUCAUUCAAAUUUUAUUUUAUUAUAUUUGUUGUUACUUA